AUGCAAGAAAAGUGUGCUGUUUGCUUUGUACUACUGUGUUUAGCAGUUGGUGCAUCAGGAUAUUCUUGUGAAAAACAAGACUAUUACUCUACAACGGCAAUAUUUUAUAACAUGACUAUUGAAGCCUCAACGAUCCCGCGGUUUAAAUGUGAUUCAUACUAUGGGUUAACAAUAAUAUCGUUUAAAAACUGCACCGUGGAAGAGUUGCCUAAGCAGUUGUUCGACUCAUUUAAUAGUAUACACAUUGCAAACCUCACUCGUAGCGGUAUCAAAUAUGUGAAUCGUUACAGUCUCGAAAGAGCCAUUUCGCUACAAAUUCUGGAUCUAUCGUGGAAUGCGUUGAGCGAGCUGACCGCGAAUUGUUUUGCCGGGGCAAGUCAGGUUACCAAACUCGUUUUAUCAUACAAUAGUAUAAGCUCUAUUGAUGCUAUGGCCUUCAAUUCGCUGGUAAAUUUAAACUUCCUUUUGUUGACAGGCAAUAAACUACGCUUAUUGCACAGUACGGUUUUCAAAUCGCUAGUAGCGUUACAAACCAUUUAUCUAGACUCCAAUGAGCUUCAAGUGAUAGAACGCAACCUCUUCUCCAACAAUGGUCAACUACAAAACAUAAUUCUGAAAAACAAUCGCAUCAGUGUGGUCGAGGAGGGAGCAUUUACUACCGAUAAACCGUCCAAUUUGAGUAUUCUUUCAUUAAGCAACAACAACCUAACAAAACUCAAUCUGAGCGGGGUAAAAGUGAAAAAAGUUUAUGCGUCCAACAACAAGCUCGAGGAAAUCUAUCUCUCCUCCUCGAUUGAAUUGGUUCACGCUAGAAAUAAUACAAUAUCAAAUAUUUUAAUGGACAACUCAUCGAAAAUGGACCUCACGACACUCGAUUUGGACAAUAAUUCCAUCACGUCCUUUGAAUCGAUUAAUCAUUUGACAUCGCUCGUGAACCUCUUUCUAUCCAACAACCGGAUCGGGCCAGUGAACCUCACGAGCUUUGCGAAGCUUACCAAACUCGAACAGUUGGGACUGGAGCGAACGCACAUCUCCAACCUCCAACACGGUACCUUUGCCCAGCAGGAGUCACUGAAGUGGCUGGACCUGAGCUACAAUAAUCUGGAUCGAUUCGAUUUCGACAUCCUCACAUCCUCCACCGCACUGGAGAAGAUCUUUCUCGACGGCAAUCGGCUAAAAUCGCUCGACUUCCAAUACCUCAGAAAGACGUUCCCAUCACUCGUGAAGAUUGGUCUGUCCGAUAACAACUGGAACUGCACAUACCUGAUCAAGCUCGUCCGCUAUUGCACCGAACAUUCAAUCGCGCUGUUCAAAUCCCAAUCGUCCGUGCUGAACCAGACGAAUGUGAAGGGUAUCUACUGUUACGACGAUAAGAAUCCUCUCGCCAACUUGAACACUACCAUGCAGCAGAUGCAGAUACUGCAUCCACAUCUCAACGGUUCCACAGAGGACGGUGCUCUGCAGUCGUUGCUCCAAAGCGUUCUGGAAGAUGUGCGUCGUUUCAGCGAUAGCAAUGCAGACGUCGCGAAUCAAACCACCAAACUCGAUGGCGCAGUGUACGAUCUGACAAAGAAUCAGUUUGCCCUGCAGAAGGAUCUCAACGGGCUGCGGCAGUCGCUGUUCGAGAUACGGUUGGCCUUGAUGUCGAACCGAACAAACGGUAGUGCCGGUGUGAAUAAUGAUGAGUUGCGUCGCAUGAUCGAGACGGCGAACAAUUUAACGCUCGACAAACAGGAGCUGAGUGCUAAAACGCUCGAGUUUAAGGUCUACGAACAGACAUUCAAGGUGGAUAAAGCACUGGAGCUUGCGAAGGAGAACAGCGAUAAGAUCGCGCUGCUGGCGAAGGGUAAACAGCAGUGUAACAACAACGUUGCUGAUUUCAGUGGCGUAAGUUUGAUGGCGCAGGACAGACAGCAGCAGCAACAUCUUUUGCAACCGAGUGCGGCACAUGCAAGCGGAGGCAGCGGAGAUCAUGGGUUGAUCGUUACAUUGGUGGUAAUGAUGUGUCUCAUGAUGGGGGUGAUUGUGUUUGGCGUUUUUAAAUUUAAUCGUCGUUUGUUCAAUGUCGAACGUAACCGUUAUGCAAAUAGAGAUAGUAGUUUGGCAACAAUUAUCCAUGAUCAAAUUUAG